GUUAAACCACAUGACCCAGAGCUGAAAUAUUUAAUAGUUAUGUUCGUUAUAAAACAUCACCUGUUUGUGUUGUGUAGAGUUUGUUUGAUUAAAUUACACUAUUGGGCUUAAAACUAGCCAUGACCCGGGAAUCACAUGGACUAUAACAGCAAACAAGAGCAGGCUUUAAACGAACGAUUUUGGCAUCGUCAGUGUCAAGUAUAGUAAGAAGUAAAAGAACCUGCAUCUGAAACAAAUUUCAAUAAACCAGACAGAUAUAGUAAAGUUCAUCGUUUGUUCGCCCAACAUUAACGAUAAUGUAUCGCCAGUUAUCGACUAGAAAUAACAGGUACUUUAAAGAGGAAUCUGAUGAGGAAACAGAUAAUAAAUUUGAGGAGACAAAUGAAAACACGGGCGUCUUCCAAACAAACCCAAAUAUCACAAAACUCGGCCAAGACAAAUUUAAAAUACUUAAACCAGGCGAUCAUAUAACAUGCCAUCGAUCAUAUAUAAUUUAUCAUCAUGCAAUUGUUGUAGAUGUUGACCAAGUGGGGAAUCGUCUACAGGUUAUUCAUUAUACCACCGUAAAAGGUAAGCGUAAAAAAGCCGAGAUAAAAAAAGAAUGGCUUGAUAGUGACAAGUUAGGCGGGGAUUGGUAUCGAAUUAAUUAUUCGAAAAACGUUGCAGAUAAAAAUAAGACAGAACUAGUACUGGAUAGGGCUCAUUCGAGACUCGGUGAAACAGACUAUAAGAUCUUGAAGAACAAUUGUGAAUCCUUUGCUUCAUAUUGUAAAACAGGAGUCAGUGAUUGUUUCCAGACGAAAUGGCUAAACAGAAAGGUUACAGAAGUUAGUCUCGUCAACAAUAAUAGAGUUUGUAAUGAAAUUGUUAAAAUUGUUGGUGAUGAAGUGGCAACACAGAUAACAAGUAAUAUAACAGAAGAUGUUAUUAAGAAAAGCACUGCUAAAAUGGUUUUGGCCGAAAGCAUUGAGAGAGUUGGCAAUGCUUCCAAUUUUGUUGGGGCAGGAUUAGUUGUUGGAUUGGAAACAUGUUUAAUGGCAAGAGAUAUAAGUGAGAUGUAUGAAAAAAGAAAAGAAGGUAAAAUGUCAAGAAAGGUAUUUACUGGCAUGGCAACCCAAAGGGCUACAGAGGCUGUAGGUGCGUCUGUUUGUACAGUUGGUCUAGGUUUGGGCCUCGAAGUAUUUGGUGGGUUUAUAGGAGGAUUGAUAGGAAGUGUUGUGCCAGUAAUUGGCACCGCUUUUGGUGGGGCAAUCGGGUCCUUCAUUGGAAGUAUCCUGGGUGGCGUUUUUGGCUCACUGCUUGGUCGUGCAGGCGGGUCUUUCUUUGGAAAUAUGAUAGCCAAAACAACAACGAAAUUUAUAAGAGAUGACAUCGCAGUGAAUUCAAUUGAUGAUAUCCAUUCCGGAGAUCAUAUAAUUGUAUAUGCAUCUUUUUUUCAUCGGAGAUGUCAUGCAAUCGCUGUCAACGUUCAAAAACCUAAUACGGUCCGUGUGAUAAGAAAUAAAUUUCGGAGAGGCGUUGUUGAUGAAACAGUGGAGUUUAAGAAACCAGUAUACAAAGCUUUGUACACCGAAGGUGCAACACAUAGUCCAGAUGUGGUGGUCACUAGGGCAAAAUCUAAAAUUGGUCAAAACGAGUAUUCCUUUUUCACGAAUGACUGCAAGGACUUUGCGCGAUGGUGUAAAGAGAAGAAGUAAAUACAGAUGUUAAAUGAACAAAACUGAAUACAAAUAGCGUAAAAUUAUUUUUUUCUGUUCUGUGGAAUACACUUAGAUGAACGACCGAUUUGAUUUUCAAAUGGUAAAAAAGGGAUUUGUGCCAUGAAUGUAUAAUCUGCUGCGUGAGUAAAAUACACUGCAUAUUUGUUAUAAUACUUUGAAUCUGGUGCUUUUCCUUCGAGUUUAUCUGGAUGAUAAAAUAAUAAAUUCUAUACAGUUAUUCCAAAUAUACGCAGAUGUUCCGAAGACUAAAAAAUCUGGAACCAUGCAAUCUGGAUAAGUGGACGUACUUGUUCAGCUCGUCAAGAAUCAAAAUUACGAUAUGUAUGCACUGUGCUGUUUGCCUACUUUCGGCUUUUAGUACCUAAAUCCCUUAUACAAACCUGUGUAUCUUGUCAUAAAUCUUGAGCCGAUAUAACAUUGCAUUUUACUAUGUUUUGGCAUGAAACAGGGCAAUCUUUUGCAAUCGUGGAUGCAAUUAUUGACAAUUUAGCCAUAAUGAAUGUAUGGCACCAGUGAUUUUCACCUUGAUUACAUUAAUUGCUGAUCACAAUAUUAUAGAUCACUAAGAACAAUUUAGAGCAAAUAUUCCACCAUUUUUGUUCGCUUUGAUUAAAAAACAGUAAUUGCUUUUUAGUAUUUAUUCAAUUAUUGAUUAAUGUUAACGAUGAACAUUUUAUGUUAACUAUGUUCACGUUAUCUAGUCAUAAGUGUUCAGAAGUGUCCAAUUUGUAUACAGAGACCAGUAAUUGCUGUUUCAAAAACCAUCUUAAAACAGUUUCGUGUUUAAACAUGUUUAACAGUAUGCUUACUCGUUCCUUAGUUUUAAAUUUAUCUUUCGUUUGAGACGUAACAUAUUGGACACAAUAAUAAAAAACAGUUAUGCAAUUACUUCUUUCCUUAUUUGUCUCAAAGCGAUUUAUGAAAAAUGGUAUAUUCUUUUAAAACAAUAAUUGCAUAAACAUGCAAAAGGGACAUAAAGGCCCCAACGUGAUCAGGUUAGCUCAAAGUUCACACGUUGUUGAAGACUUGACCUUGUUACUUAGUUUUUGACACCUCUUUACCCAGGUUUGAACAAAUCAUUGAUAUUGUCAAAACAAUCAUUUUGACCAUGGUUAAUCAAUUAUGAGUCUUAAAUGCGGCUUCUAGAUUGAUUUACAGUGUUUGUUUUAAGAACUUAUUUUGGGACAUACGUGAUAUAGAUUUUAAUUCGUCCUAAAUAUUAUAAAGAAACAUUUUGACCAAGUUGUAUGAAGAUUGAGUAAUAAAUGUGUCUUCAAGAGUGCAAGGUUAAAAUAUUAAUUAGAUCGGGAAACCUCCUUUUCUUAGAAACACGUAAUCAUGUUUUGAACAUGGCCAUGAUAUUGUGAAGAUAAAUAUUCUUACCAAUUUUCCUCAAGAUUUUGUCAUAAAUGGUAGCAUGGUUUUUCUAAAAUUUGACCAGGUGAUCUUGUUUUUGGACAAACGUGAACCAGACUCAAAAAAUGGCCUAGAUAUUUAACGAUUAUUCUGACCAAAUUUUCACCUGUUACUUAAGUUGUGGAUGCACAUGACUCAGAUUCGAAAUGUCAAGAUAAACAUUCUGAUCAAUGUCCAUCAAAAUUGUGUCAUUCAUAUACCUUCUAAUAUGGUUACAAAGUUUUAUUCGAUUCAAGCUAGUGACAUAGUUUAGGCAACGCGUGCUAGUGACAUAGUUUAGGCAACGCUUGACCCAGAUAUGAUUCCGGCAUAGAAAAUUGUAUUUUCUUUAAAUAUGACAUGUGCACAUUCGAACAUACGAAAUUAAACUAAUCUUAUUUGUAUAACAAACCUAACAUUUCUAUCUGCUCUGUGUAUUUUAUUUUGCUUGUUGCAUAUGCCUAUUUGAAUCCUAAAUCUUUUAUAUGAAACUCUUAAGCGACAUAAUGAUAUUUUUGACGAUAUCGAGAUAGCACUGGAUUAAAUAAUGGGUAUGUAUUCGCUCAUGGAAAAUGAUUUAUCAAUCGAGAAAAUUCAGAAUAAAUCAGUCAUUAAAUCUUGUUUAACUUGUAAACAAGGGACAACAUUGUCACAAAACCAGGUUUUCAAUUAGAAAAAUAGUCUGAUAAUGGGAGACAACUCAAACUGAACCGAUUGUUUAUAAUUAACCCCCUUUGUUUCAAAAUAAAUCUAUUUUUAGUCGUCGCGACCUUAACCUUGGAGAUAUUGACGUAAUUCUUUCGUGCGAUACACUGUCCAAUGAUGGUGAACAAAUGUGCCAAAUGAUUUUAAAAUCUCACAAUGAAUGACAUAGUUAUGGCCCGGACAAGCUCAUUUAUGGCCUUUUUUGACCUUUGAACUCAAAGUGUGACCUUAACCUUGCAGAUAUCAACGUAAUUCUUUCGCGCGACACACCGUCUAAUGAUGAUGAACCAAUGUGCAAAAUGAUUUUAAAAUCUCACAAUGAACGACAAAGUUAUGGCCCGGACAAGCUUGUUCCGCCAAUUUACCUUGCAUAAACACUUUUGUUUUGUUCGCAUGCUGUAUUUUACUCUGUUUGUAUGCAGAUGGAAUGUAUUGUGUACAGGUUUUGUGUAAGUGUAGAUAUUUUUCCAGUAGAAACACUGUGUGUAUUUGUUAUCAUAUUUAAAUGCAUUGGAUAAUAAUUUUGCAGUACCAAACUUUCUUUUACCAAAUGACUAGUGAUCUGAACAUUGUCUAUUUAAACUGCAGAGUAUUAAAUGUGAAAUUUAAGAGGCUUAAGGAUGUUAAUUACUUAAAAGAAUUAUAUGCGAAUAUAUCUAUUUUCUCCAGGACACAAAUUUCACACCUGAUAUGUACAGUACCAUUUAUUCAGAAUGGGGAUCUGAAUGUUUUUUUUCUAGGGGAACAUGUAUUUUCAUUUCUAAUAGCACAGACUAUAAAAUACACAAGUCUGUUUCGAAUGGUAUUUUUCUUGCCUUUUACAUUUCUGUAAAUGGAUAUCGCGUUUCGAUUCUUACUUUUUAUGGACCAAAUACUGACUAACCGUUCUUUUUUACAGAUAUCUUUGAAGUUAUUGAUAGAGUUUUAAAUAAGUCUUUUAUUAUGAGUUGUGAGCUUAACUUAGUUAUAGAUCCUGUAAUAGAUUACUUUAAUUUUUAACAGAUUAUUAACCCUUAGGGUCGAAAUAAAAUGUUAAAAAUUAAUUAAAUGCUACAAUCUUGUAGAUCCCUUUCGACAACAAAACCAGUGAAAAAAUAUUUACUCUGCGUAAAACAAAUCCAAAACAGCAGGUUAGGCUGGGUCUAUUUUUAAUCACGUCAUAUUUUUGCAACAAUUUAAAUCAACUAAAAUUAAACCUUAAAGUCUUCAAUCUGAUCCCUUUAUCAUUACUUAAAAAUUAACUUUCAUAAUUUUUUUCUCAUAAACCUGGUCUUUGGAAAUAUUGUAUAAGUGCAGGAAAGCAUCAACAAACAAAUUGAUGAUAUUAAACUUCAAUAUGCUAUUCCGAUUUUCAACUAUCAAAAUAUGAAAGAAAAUCCUGACAGCGAAUUACAGUUUACACUAAAUGAUAAGCAGUUUUGUUAAGAAAUUCUGCUGAUGGAAUUAAGGGGCAAAACUAUUUCCUAUGGGUUUUAUAUAAAAAAGGAAGCAAAACACACAGAAAUCAAGUUGAAAUGAAUAAGAAAGUUACAAUCAGAAAUAAAUAAUAUUCAGAGCGCAACUCUGAAAGGAAGUAUGAUCAGAUCAAACUUAAAGUGGACCUUACAAAGUGAAAAGCCAUUUAAAUGUUCCUGCAGCCUAGAAAAAACAUUGCAAUAGCCAAAACAAUAUAUAAAUUACACAAGACUAUUGCCAAGAAAUAUAUAUCCCCUACCGGCUCCACCAUUGUCGGAAUUUCUUUUGGUUGCCAUAUGGUAUCUUCAACAUUGAAAAAAUUAUGGCCAAUGUCAAAGUUUUCGGACGGACGGACAGACGUCAUAUAUUUGACAUUUGACCUCAAAGGAUGACCUUUACCUUUCACCACUCAAAAUGUGCACCUCUACGAGAUGCACAUGCAUGCCAAAAAUCAAGUUGCUAUGUUCAGUAUUGAAAAAGUUAUGGCCAUUAAAGUUUUCGGACGGACGGACAGACUAACGCAAAUUGAAAAGACUGUAAUUGUGAAAACACUUAUUGUGUAAUUUUUCAAUAUCUUGUUCAUUGUAUUGCCUAACGCACCCGAUACCAUUCUAAACUAAAAAAAAACUUCUAUUCUCAA